AUGGAAGGCGCGCUGACUGCCCGGGACAAGGUCGGCGUGCAGGACUUUGUGCUGUUGGAUGCCUACACCAGCGAAUCUGCCUUUGUGGACAACCUUCGCAAGCGUUUCAGCGAGAACCUCAUAUAUACAUAUAUUGGGACUCUCCUUGUGUCCAUGAAUCCAUACCAGGAGCUCGGAAUCUACACUAUGAGCCAGAUGGAACUUUAUCAAGGGGUCAAUUUCUUUGAACUGCCACCACAUGUUUAUGCCAUAGCUGACAACGCUUACCGCAUGAUGUGCUCGGAGCUCAAUAACCACUUUAUCCUCAUUUCUGGAGAGAGCGGGGCUGGGAAAACAGAGGCCUCCAAGAAGAUCCUGCAGUAUUUUGCGGUGACCUGCCCAAUGACUGAGUCACUACAGAUAGCCCGUGACAGGCUGCUGCUCUCCAACCCUGUGCUGGAGGCUUUUGGAAAUGCCAAAACACCCCGGAAUGACAACUCCAGCAGAUUUGGAAAAUACAUGGACAUACAGUUUGACUUUCAGGGCAUUCCCGUAGGUGGGCAUAUCAUUGGUUACUUGAUAGAAAAGUCCCGAGUCGUCUACCAAAACCAGGGGGAGCGGAAUUUCCACAUCUUCUACCAGCUGCUAGCGGGUGGUGAAGCGGAGCGCCUCGCCUACCUGGGACUUGAGCGAGACCCUCAGCUGUAUAAAUACCUCUCACAGGGUCAUUGUGCCAAAGAAUCAUCUCUUAAUGACAAGAACGACUGGAAAACUGUUUCCAAUGCCUUUUCUGUCAUUGAUUUCACGGAAGCUGACCUUGAGAAUCUCUUUGGGAUUAUUGCCAGUGUCCUACACCUGGGCAACGUUUGUUUUCAAGAAGAUGACCAAGGCUGUGCCGCCGUCCCUGACACCCACGAGAUCAAAUGGAUCGCCAAGCUCCUCGGGAUCUACCCAUCGGUUCUUCUGGAAGCUCUCACCCACAGAAAGAUUGAAGCCAAAACAGAGGAGGUCAUAUGCCCGCUGACACUCGAACUCUCUGUGUACGCCAGAGAUGCAAUGGCAAAGGCCAUCUAUGGAAGGACGUUCACCUGGCUGGUCAACAAAAUCAAUUCCUCCCUGGUUAACAAGGAUUUCACCAAAAAAACUGUGAUUGGCUUGCUGGAUAUCUAUGGGUUUGAAGUCUUUGACAAGAAUGGGUAUCUCUUUGUUCUUUUGAAGGAUGAGGAAUGUAUCCGCCCUGGUCCUGCUACCGACUUGAGUUUCCUGGAGAAAUUAGAAGAGAAAGUGGGCAAGCACGCACACUUCCAGACGCGGAAGCUGGCUGGUCCAAAGGGCCGGAAGAGGAUUGGCUGGAUGGAGUUUCGCCUCUUCCACUACGCUGGGGAGGUCACAUACUGCACCAAGGGAUUCUUGGAAAAAAACAAUGAUCUUCUUUAUAGACAUCUAAAAGAAGUGCUGUGCUGCUGCAAGAACGGCAUCCUGAGGGAGUGUUUCCUGGUGGCUGAGCUGGAGAGCCGGAAGCGGCCGCCCACGGUGGGGACUCAGUUUAAGAACAGCCUGAGCAGCCUGCUGGAAAUUCUCAUCUCCAAGGAACCUUCGUACAUCCGCUGCAUUAAGCCCAAUGAGAGGAAAGAACCCAGCAAGUUCGAUGACUUCCUCGUAAGGCAUCAGAUCAAGUACCUGGGGCUGAUGGAGCACCUACGGGUGAGACGGGCUGGCUUUGCGUACAGGCGGAAGUACGAGCAUUUCUUGCAAAGGUACAAGUCCUUGUGCCCAGACACCUGGCCACACUGGCACGGGCCUCCAGGAGAGGGUGUGGAACGGCUGAUCAAGUACAUCGGCUACAAGCCCGAGGAGUACAAGUUAGGGAAAACCAAAAUAUUCAUUCGCUUUCCCAGAACUCUGUUUGCCACUGAAGAUGCCUUUGAAUUCAGUAAACAUCAAUUAGUUGCAAGAAUCCAAGCCACAUACAAAGGCUGCUUAGGAAGGAGAGAAUAUGUGAAGAGAAAAGAAGCAGCCACCAAACUGGAAGCUCAUUGGCGUGGAGUGCUGGCUCGCAAGGAGGUCAAAAGGAGAAAGUGGGCCAUACAGAUCAUAAGAAGGUUCGUCAACGGAUUCAUCAAUCGCAACAAACCCCUUUCUCCAGACGAUGAGGAGUUUCUAGUGUUGGUGCGCAAGAAUUACAUCUUGAAUCUUCGGUAUCACGUCCCGAAGAAUGUCUUGGACAAGAGCUGGCUGAGGCCUCCCAGCAUCUUGGAAACGGCUUCGGACCUGCUCAGGAAGAUGUGCACAAGGAACCUGGUCCGAAAGUACUGCCACGGGGUCUCAGCCGAGUGGAAAGCCAUGAUGCAGCAGAAGGCAAUUACAAGUGAGAUAUUCAGAGGAAAGAAAGAAGGCUAUGCAGAAAGUUUAAAUCAACCCUUUGUGAACACCCGGAUAGAUGAAGGAGACAUUAAUCCCAAAGUGUUCCAACUAAUGAGCAAUGAGAAAAUCCAGUAUGGUGUCCCCGUCAUCAAGUAUGACAGAAAAGGCUUCAAGGCUCGGCAGCGGCAGCUCAUCCUCACUCAGAAAGCAGCUUAUGUGGUGGAACUUGCCAAAAUCAAGCAGAAGAUAGAGUACUCAGCCCUCAAAGGUGUCUCCACUAGCAGUCUGAAUGAUGGAAUCUUGGUCAUUCAUGUAUCACCAGAGAACAACAAGCAAAAGGGAGAUGCCAUCCUCCUGUGUGAACAUGUAUUUGAGGUGGUUACUAAGCUCGCCAUGCUGGUUAAGAAGGAGAACCUUGUAAAUGUCGUUCAAGGAAGUUUACAGUUCUAUAUUAGUCCUGGGAAAGAAGGCACAAUAGUUUUUGAUACUGGGCCAGAAGAGCAAAUCUAUAGAGACAAAAAUGGACAGUUAACAGUGGUAAGUGGCUGGCUUGGGGACAGGUAAGCAGUUUUAGAUGAAAAUACAAGUCUAAAAAACGAGUUCAUUUCUUCCCUCCAUUCCUGAGUUCCUAUCUGAAAGACAGGAAGAGGCUGAUUGGGGAAGCAUGAAUGCAAACGCCAAACAGAGAAAACCACGUGCCAUAUUUAGUUGU